AUGUUGACAUUCGUCCACAGAGAUGGUCUCAGCAUGUAUCAGGUUGAGGAUCUAGAAUCCUUGGGUUAUCCCAAGCCUAAACAUUAUGGCAUGAUUUUGGUAAAUACCUUUGAAGAGCCUUUCGGCAAUAGAUGUGGUGAAGGUGUCUGGAGAAAACUAAGUGAAACAACUUCAGACAUAUUAAAGAGAAAUGUUGUUGCACUUGCUUCAUUCCGUGGAAAGGAAAGGUUUUUUGCAUGCACGGGUCUGUUUAUUGAAUGGAAUGGGCGUGCAAUAAUCUUGACUUCAGCGAGCUUGCUUAGAGAAUCUGGUUAUAGAGAUCAGAAGAUUGUUACAAACUUGAGGGUUGGUGCUUCUAAUUAUUCGAUUGAAGUGUUGCUUCAAAACAAAGACUGCGCAGAAGGGAAAUUAGAACAUGUUAAUUUGCAUUACAAUGUCGCUCUGGUCAGUGUGAAGGAUUUUAGUGCUUGCCAACCAGUAAAAGUUGAAGAGCCGCGGCCUGAUUCUGGUGAAGUACUAGCUUUAGGGCGCUACUUCAGUUCGGGCAUACUGAUGGCUGAAAAAGGGCAAAGGCUGGGAUUGGAGGUCCCCUUCUUGAUCUUGAUGGGAAAUUUGUGGGCAUGA